ACGUUUUCGUUAUGGUCAGUCAGAAAUUAUUAUUUUUUGUGGUCUUAAUUGUUCUUUACUUCUUGUUCAAAUAAUGUUAAUUGUUGUGGAGUAGAGUGAUCUAAGAUCUGGUUUGUUUGUAUGGCACUUGAUACGCCGUUGAUGCUGCCGGCUGCUACUUAUAAGCAAACGGGGAAUAUAUGGACAGCUCUAGCCCAUAUAAUAACAGCAGUUGUAGGAUCAGGGGUUCUAUCAUUAUCUUGGAGUGUUGCACAGCUCGGAUGGAUUGCCGGUCCAGUUUCUCUAGUCUUAUUCGCACUCGUGACCUAUCUCAAUGCGUCCCUGCUCACCAAAUUUCAUCAUUACUCCGACCAUCGCAAUGGCGUGAAUGUAACCAACCGUUCCUACUUGGAAGCUGUACGGAACAUUCUAGGGGAUUUGAAUGCACGAGUUUGUGCAUUGUUGGUGUUCUUCAAUUUGUUUAAACUGGGAGUUGUUUAUACAAUCACAUCUGCUAGCAGCAUUAGAGCGAUUCUGCAGUCAAAUUGUUACCACGAACACGGGCACGAAGCAGCUUGUGAAUAUGGGAUAGAGUUUUAUAUGCUUCUCUUUGGAAUCAUUCAUGUUAUAGCUUCUCAAAUACCCAAUUUCCGAAGUACAAAAUGGCUCUCGGUUAUCGCUGCAGUUAUGUCAUUCGCGUACUCUUUCAUUGGAUCCGGACUCGGGUUAGCACAAGCAAUAGGAAAUGGGAAGAUCAAAGGUAGUAUAGGAGGUGUUCCAACUGAUAAACCGAUUCAGAAAGUAUGGUUGGUUGCUCAAGCUAUUGGAGACAUUGCGUUUGCGUACCCUUUUCCAUUAAUCUUUCUAGAAACACAGAGUACUCUGAAAUCACCUCCAUCCGCAGAAGUCACCAUGACGAAAGCAUCAAGAAUUGCAGUGUUUACGACGACUGUUUUUUACCUUUGUUGUGGUGGAUUUGGCUAUGCAGCCUUUGGGAACUCGACUCCUGGGAAUAUCUUGACCGGGUUUGGUUUUUAUGAACCAUAUAUCCUCAUAGAUUUUGCUAAUGCAUGUGUUUUUCUCCACUUAGUUGGUGGAUAUCAGGUAUUCAGUCAGACGUUAUACGCGAUUGUGGAAAGAUCAUGUUCCGAAAGGUACCCGGAAAGUGAAUUCAUAAAAGAUUUUCACAUUUGGAAGAUUAGGAUGAAUCCUCUGAGGUUAUGUUUUAGAACAUCAUAUGUUGUUUUAACCACAUCCUUAGCCAUGCUAUUCCCUUACUUUAAUGAAGUAGUGGCAUUUUCUGGUUCAGUCACCUUCUGGCCAUUGGUUGUAUACUUCCCGGUUGAGAUGUACAUUGUGCAUAAAAAGGUUGUACCUUGGACUGUUAAGUGGUGUUUUCUUCGUGUCUUCAUCAUUCUUUGCUUGUUUGUAGCCAUGUUUGUCUUUGUUGGUUCUGUACAAGGAAUAAUUGCCAAAAGAUUUGGCUAGUAAACUAACAAUAGAAGCUUAUCUAUAUCAUAUAAUUCAAGACACGUUUUAUAA